UUAAAAAAAAAAAAUUAAAUAAAUGAAAAUUUGUUUGCAACAACAACAAUAGCAAAUAAUUGACGCUACAAACGUGAAAACUUAAGAAAUACCACAAAUUACAACAAAAACAACAAAACAAUAUCGCCGCAAAAUAACUUAAAACUAAUAGAAAUUAAAAAAUCAAUCAAGCAAAGUUAUUGAAAUGUCAAAGGAAGUGAGCUGCUAGUCAAUCACAGCAAAAAAUUACAACAAAAACAUAAGAAAAGAAAACAAACAAGCAAAAAUUGAUACGCGCGCGCUAACAUAUUUGCUUGGCUCCCUUGACUACCGCUGGAAAGGCAAACAAAUACAAGAAAACACCGAAAUACACACACGUACAUGCACACACACAGAGUUACAAACCGAAAUACACAUAAAUAUAUACAUUGCGGUAAAUAUACACACAUAAAUAGCUGUCAAUGUCAGGUGCAUCAACCUAAAAGGCUUGUUUAAUUACAAGGCAGGCAUAGCGUUAAAGUGAAUAAAAGCCGACAAAAACAACUACAAUAACCAAGUAAAUUGUAGAAAACAAAAAAAAACUACAAUAGUAAAGUAAAUUGUAAAAAACAAAAACAACUACAAUAACAAAGUGAAUUAUAAAUUCGUAAAUAAUUAAAAAGGGCAGCGAACAAAUGCGUCAAAAGGCGUAAGGAAACCUCAUACUAGCGAGACACUAAGUUAAAGCUACAAUAAUAACUACAAACACAUUGCAACAACAACACAGUCAACUAAAGCAUUAGCAAGCAGACGGUGGCAAAUCAAUUUCACAAAUUAAAAGAGCGUUUAACAUCGACUGCUAAUUCACGUAGACUAUAACUAAAUCGUUAAGUACGCCAAGAGAUAUACCAAGCCUGUGCACCCAGCAUGCGCUUGAAGUAAGCACCACCGAAAAUAGAAAAAUAAAAAUAAAAUCACAACUGAGCCCACUGUACACGCUAAGCGCACGCUUUGAAAGCAAAGCAGCAACAAAUAAAAUGGCCACACCAACAGUUUGCACAAGUCCAGUGAGAUGGUCGAAAACGAAAGCCACAAACAACACAAAACCUACAACAAAUACGAAAAUGAAACAAAUACGCAAUAAAAGGCCACAACCGUCAAACAGAGCAAUAACACUAACAACAAGUUGGACGCACUUAAAGUUGUCUACACGCACACCAACAACAUUGCUGCUGCUCGGCACACUCACGCUGCUGAGUUUGCACGCACAAACGCAAGCCUUCUGCCCCUCGAAAUGUCAGUGCCUCAGCGGCGAAGCGAACAGUCGGGCAUACUGUGUGGACGCAGCGCUCGAAGACGUGCCCAUACAGUUGAAUCCCGAAACGAAAUAUAUCAAUUUGACGCGCAACAAAAUACGCAAUCUCGAAUUUACGCUGCCAUUUUAUAUGAAACUCGAAGUGCUCGAUUUGUCGCAGAACAUCAUCGAUACGUUGGGUUCGAAAAAUUUCGAAUUCCAAAAGGAUAUGCGCACAUUGAAUUUGAGUCGCAAUUCGGUGAGCGCUUUGCAAAAGGAUGCCUUCCGCGGUCUGAGCAAUUUGCUGGUGCUCGACUUGAGUUUUAAUCGCAUUGAAGUGGCGGAUGCCAGCGCUAUGAGUGAUCUCACCUCGCUGAUUAAACUCGAUCUGACUAAUAAUAAUAUUGUGAGUUUAGAGGAUAAUUGCUUUCAUAAUAUGAUCUCGCUGGAGAUUUUGAAAUUCAAGAAUAAUCAACUCUUGGAUGUGCCAUCGAAUAAUUUGCAGCAUUUGCAUGCGCUCAAUUCGCUGGAUUUAUCCGAUAAUCUAGUGGAAUAUGUACGCAAUGAUAGUUUCGAAGGACUGCGAGAGUUGGUGAUGCUCACGAUGCGUGGUAAUGUGAUAUCCGAGUUGGAUUUGAGCGCUUUUGAGGGCCUGACUGCGUUAAAGCAUCUCAAUUUGGCUGAUAAUAAUUUGACGAUGGUGCCUACACAACAGCUCUCAAAGUUAUCGAAUCUUACCUACUUGUCGCUGAGCGGUAAUCGGUUUACACAGCUGCCCGCGGUUGCUUUCAUGAACCUGUUUCAUUUACGUGAAUUGCACUUAAAUCGCUUGGAUCAUCUCAAUCGUAUAGAUUCAAGAGCCUUUAUCGACAAUACGCAUCUGCAAGCAUUGCACCUCACCAACAACCUACAACUAUUCGACAUUCCCAUGCGACUGUUCCAAGGCAACCCCAACGUACUCGAAAUCUACAUGCAAGGCAACAGUCUGCAAACACUCUACUCCGCACAGUUUCCCGUCGACCAGCUAGAGCGUCUUUAUCUUGGCGAUAAUCCACUGCAAUGCAAUUGCUCGCUGCUCUGGUUAUGGCGUUUGGUUACCGGCAAUUUUGAUGGCGAAUCCAACAACGCAGGCGGUGUGCAUGUUACACACAGUCAAGGGGAAGCGGCUGUAGCCGCGCUGGGCACGGCCGAUGCCGAUGUAGCGUCCGCAGCCGCAGAGGCUUAUGUCGCACAACAAAGGCCUGCACGGGUAAGCAGCAGUAGUAGUGGCUCCAGCGGCUAUCUACAACUCGACAUAGAACGCAUUGGCUGCGACAUCUGGCAGGAUAAUGUGCGCACGCGCCGUCGGCUCGUGACCAUGUCAGAGGGCGAUAUCACUUGCCCCGCGCAUAUAGUCACCAUUGUGUGUGCGAUCUUCACGCUGCUGCUCGUCUUCGCCAUCGGCGCCAGCAUCGUCUUUUAUCUCCGCUUCGUGAAGCGUCGAAGAAAGUUGCUACACGAUCGUUCGCUCACACGUUCGGGCAAAUCAAUUGUCAAUGUACACGAUCGCAUACUGCAACAUCAACCGCUGAGCAACGGCGGCGUACUAGGCAUGAACGUUGGCGGUCUCACCUAUCCACAUCACACGCUACAACAACAGGGUGGCACACAUCAUGCCAUGUUGCCGCUACACCCGCACGAGUAUCAGCAAACGCUGCCAGCGCAAGUGGAUAAACUGGAAUUGGAACGAUAUCUAGCGGCGCAGGCGAUCGCCAACGAGUAUCGUGCCUUGAAGCCGUGGGAGUUGCCGCCCGUAAAGGAUGCGAAUGCCUACAGCGAUGAACCGGAGCACUUGUAUGAGAAGUUCGACCACUACGAUUAUCCGGACAUGCAAACGUUGAGCAAAUCGAAGCAGGCGACACUAAUGUCCAACACUGACGGUUGCAACACCAAUAACAGCGCUAAUGGUGUAGUGCUGAUGGGCAAGGGUGGCGCAGGUGGCACAGCGGCUAAGCCGCAUGUAGUCUACGUAUGACUCCCGGGUGGACAAGUCGGCAGCGUCGACGCAAAGGGUAGUGCAAGCAAGGAGUGCGAGGGCGUAGAGGCCGAAGGCGAGCUGCGCUAUUGCCUCAACAACAACUAUAGUAGUUAUAUGAAAUUAGUUUAGAACGUGGCAGUUGACGUAGAAGUGGUGGGGCAGGCUGAAGAGAGGAAGCGUAGCAGAGACUGGCUAAAGAGGAGGCGUUGCAAGCGUAAGCGCACGAAUGCAAUGGAGUUGCUACUAAUGACACGAAAUUAAAUCAAAUGCGAAAACUGUUAUGUGUAAGCAGUAAAGACGAGUAGGAUUGGGCGUAAAGGAAACAAAACAAAACAAAAACAAUAAAUGUAUAAACAACACUAAAAUCGUACGUUAGCAGCGAUGAAUCGAAACAAGGGUAUAUUUGUUAGCAACUAAGUUACAAACACAAGCAUACAUACAUACAUACAUACACCAAUAAUAACAACACCGCAAACGUUAGGCAUUAUUAUUCUCGUAAUAUCUCGUACAUCUACGAACACCUAAUUUCCUGUUAACCUUAAGCGUUUAAGUAUAUAAAAUAUAUAUAUUUGCAUAAGCGUAGCAAGAAACAACAUUAAAUGAAACAAGGGAUACGUAUAGUGUUAUAUAAUAGCUAAAUUACAAUAAGUGAAUCACGAACAAAAUACUAAAAUUACAAAACGUAAAAAUCUACGAGAACUAUGCAGUUAAAAUGUAAAGCAACAACAUUAUAGAAACACAAAAUAAUAUUGAAGAAAUGUUAACAUUUAAUUGAUAUUCAUAAAGUAUACACAAAUAUUGUAAAUGACAAGCGAAAAGUUUAAGCGCAGCAUGAGUGAAGUGUCAUAAUAAAUUUAAAUAAAUAUUUAAUAUUUGAUGAACCUAUUUUUGUAACACUAUUAAUACCAAAAAUGUGGUUUACAGUGCACCGUGUUGUAGACUGCAUUUGAAGAAAUUUUUUUUCAGACAAUUUUCGAUAUUUUUGGCUUGUGAGAGUAGACUAAAAUCUGUUUUUUGCUUGUUAAUUGAAUUUUCCCUACUCUGUUAAAAAAUCGGUUAUAUAUCGGUUAGUGCUUACCAAUUCUACCAGUUAAAUAACAAGUAAAAUAAGAAGUAAAAUAUUAAUUUUCUUCCCAAUUGAAUUCUGAAUCUUGAGAUUUUUUUCUCUUCCUAUGUAUAGGUAUCAAAGAGUAGACUAAAAUCUCUUCAUUUUUGCUUGUAAAUUUAAUUUUCCCACUCGGUUGACACUAUCCGUUGAUUUAUGUAUCGGUUAGUGCUUACCAAUACUAGCAGUUAAAUAACGAGUAAAAUAACCAGUAAAAUAUUACUUUUAUUUUCAAUUGAAUUCUGAAUUUUGAAAUUUUUUUGGCCUUAUAUGUAGACACCAGAGGGUAGACUACCAUAAAAACGCUGUUAUGUAUUAUAUAAUAUGUAAAUUGAGUUUUCCCAAUCCGCUGACAAUUGGUUAUACAGUUUAGUGCUAAAGCAUUAUUACCACUUAAAUAACUAGUAAAAUAUUACCUUUGUUACCUUGUAACUUGAAUAUUUCCACUCUGGUAAUAUAGUCGUCCUUAAUGCAUAAACAUUUUUACCAGUUAAAAAACCGGUAUAAUAACCAGUAAAAUAUUUUUUUCCAAAGGAA